CUGCUGGGCCUGGAAUUGGGUUUGGGGCGGGUUCUGUUUCCAAAGUCAUCUCCAACAGGCCAGGCGGGUGAGGGCUCGUCCUCCACCCUGAGCCCAAAUUUUCCAAGGCUCCAGGCAGUACUUGGCUAGCCUGCUGCCCCGUGGGUCAGCAAGCGCAGAGUCCUGGGAGAAGAUCUCCACAAAGGAAGGCUUCGGAGGAUCAGGACAGCCACAGGCUCUUGUCAGGCAGAGACAUAGUUUGUGAGCUCCCAACAGGAGCCUGGACCCCGCAGUCCUGAAGAUGGCCGGAAACUGCUCCUGGGAGGCUCAUGCCACCAACCAGAACAAGAUGUGCCCUGGUAUGAGUGAGGCUCAGGAGCUCUACAGCAGAGGCUUCCUGACUAUUGAGCAGAUUGCCACGCCCCCUCCGCCUGCCAUCACAAACUACAUCUUCCUGCUGCUCUGCCUGUGCGGCCUGGUGGGUAACGGCCUGGUCCUCUGGUUUUUCGGCUUCUCCAUCAAGAGGACACCCUUCUCCAUCUACUUCCUGCACUUGGCCAGCGCUGAUGGGAUCUACCUCUUUAGCAAGGCUGUGAUUGCCCUCCUGAACACGGGGGCCUUCCUGGGCUCCUUCCCAGACUACGUGCGCAGGGUGUCCCGUAUCGUGGGGCUCUGUGCAUUCUUCGCGGGUGUGAGCCUCCUGCCAGCCAUUAGCACCGAACGCUGCGUGUCCGUCAUCUUUCCCACCUGGUACUGGCGUCGGAGGCCCAAGCGUCUGUCUGCUGGGGUCUGUGCCCUGCUCUGGCUGCUGUCCUUCCUGGUCACCGGCAUCCACAACUACUUCUGUAUGUUCCUGGGCCGCGAGGCCUCAGGGACAGCGUGCCGCGACAUGGACAUCUCCCUGGGCAUCUUGCUGUUCUUUCUCUUCUGCCCACUCAUGGUACUCCCCUGCCUGGCACUCAUCCUGCAUGUAGAGUGCCGGGCACGGCGCCGCCAGCGCUCUGCCAAGCUCAACCAUGUGGUCCUGGCUAUUGUCUCAGUCUUCCUUGUGUCCUCCAUCUACUUGGGGAUUGAUUGGUUCCUCUUCUGGGUCUUCCAGAUCCCUGCCCCCUUCCCCGAGUACGUCACUGACUUGUGUAUCUGCAUCAAUAGCAGCGCCAAGCCCAUCGUCUACUUCCUGGCUGGGAGGGACAAGUCUCAGCGCCUGUGGGAACCUCUCAGGGUAGUCUUCCAGCGCGCUCUACGGGAUGGUGCAGAGCCCGGAGACACUGCUAACACCACACCUAACACAGUCACCAUGGAGAUGCAGUGCCCCUCUGGGAAUGCAUCAUGAAAGGCCAGCGUCUGGGGCAAGGCCGCAGCAGAGAGUGGCCAGUAACUUCCAGAGACACUCUGCCCAAAGGGCAGAAGCAGGGCAGCUGUCCCUGUGCCGCGGGGGAGAAGAGCUGCCUCUAGCACAAACCAUCUGCCUCUUGCCAGGCGUGGCCGAGAGACUGAACAGCCACCUGUAGGUAGACAGACCCUGUGGCCUCUGUUCCCCAGCCAUUCUGCUUCUGUGAGUCAUUGUACCAAAGUUGCCCUUGCCAGUGUGGUGGGGUCCCUCCUCAACAGAAGCUCAACAGUGAAGGAGAUGAAGGCCACCUCCUUCCUCUUCAGCCAUCCCUCCCCAAACAUGACUCGGUCAUCGUCAUCACUACUGGGCCAGCAGCCUCAGCUCUACCUGCAAGAAGUCAUUCAGUCUCCCAAGGCAGCAUCUGAGCAAACCUGAGAGAAUGGUGCUAUCUGGAAGACAGUCCUGUCUGCCUGUCUUGUAGCCUGCAGACAAGCCCCUGUCCCUUUGAUGAGUCAUUUGGUGACUUUAACGGGGUAGGGUCUGGCCCUUGCAAACCACAAGAGACAGGAAGGACCUUUUGCCGCUCUGGGUAGCUGACUGCUUUUCUGACACCCCCAGCCAGCUCUGGGCAUCUGACCACGCACUUGGUGUCUUCCAGGCCACUGUGGUCCAUUGUGGCAGCUCCUGACUAGUCCCCAAUCUCCAGUGCCCAUUUCAAAGAGGACUCUGGUUCCAUUCUGGCCCCCUGGGGGCUGCCACCACGGUGCCAUUUGUCAUCCCGCACAGUGGCCUGUGUAGCCAAAGGAAGUUUUAUAACAGAUAAUAAAGUAUAUAUCAAUACACAUUUUUAAAUCUCGCAGCGAG